AUGACUCGGUCUACUUUCACAACAAUCACACCCUUGCCUUCAAACUUAACUCGCCAGCAAGUGGUCGACUUUCUACACGAUCAUUUAGCAAUGAUUGACUUGAAUCCUCUCAUCAUAGAACGCCACCAAAUCUCUCCUCCCUCACACGCCCCGGAUGAUGAGAAGAGAUGUGUAUGGUAUUCCAUGACGGAUCGCAUUGACUACCUCCCUGGUGGUAUCGCCUCCGGUCAGGUCACAUACACGGCUGCCUUCUUUGACUCUUCGGAUGGUCUCCAGACACACAGUUACGCUCCCAUGGGGCUUGAUCUCCGUGGCCGCUGGUCUGUGGGCGGAACUAUGCCCGGAGAGCGUCCGCAACCUGUUGAGCUUGGUCUUGGGGCACCGGCUUCGGGUCUUUAUCUCCGCGAAGAUGUUGACAUGCGCUGUAACAUGCUCAUGGUAUCCUUUGUUAAGAAGACUAUUAAGAAGUCUCAUGGAACUCUGGUCGAGAAGUUGUCGCAAAGAACUUCCCUCAAGUCUGCAAGACACUCUAUGCAAAACUUUGGGACCAACUCCCCGGGAGCUCUUCAAACACCCACCCCUCCAGCAUCUGAGCACUCAGGAGUACCGGCCAAGGGAGCCAAUGGCCAGUACGGGAUCGCCCCGGACCUGUCUUCCCACCCAGCCUACAUUAGUGACACACCCUCUUCCAAUAUGGGAGAUAUGCACCAGCAAAAUGGUGGUUCUAUAGCCUCUGGACAGCAGCAACCGUCGGGGUCAAGUCAGUCAAGACCUGGUCAGUAUGUGCCAGCUUAUCGUGGCGACGGCAGACCCGACCAUUAUGUCGAGUUUGCAGGUCAAAGUUCCUACAAUAAUUCAAACACGCCACUUGAUGAACGUGAAACCUUUGCGGAGCUAGACGAUGGCACCUAUAACCAUCCUGAGAGGAAAGGACCAGCGGAACUGGCCUAG